AUGGACCAAGGCCCUCUUCUUCAGCACCAGCUGCCGAUCCACGACUACUCGUUGUCCUCUGACCACGACUACAACAGCCAAUUCUCGGGCCAUGCACAUCAUCAGUCCUACACCACGGCCGGUGCCGUCGACCAGCUCCGCCGCGACGGUUCUGCACCCUUACAGCCGCCCGCUCCCUUCUCCUUCACGGCCACUAACAACCCUCCCUCAGCACGCUACAUGCCUGAUCGAGCCGUAGCGCCAGACAACGGCAGCUAUCAGCCGUCCAACAACUUCACGGAUUCCAGCAGCGGGUCUAUCUCGACCAGCCCCUCGUCAGCCGUAUCGUCGCUGACUUACACAAACUAUCCUCACGGCCACUGCACAAGCGUCGCCAGCUUCCCGCCGUCUGUACAACUACCCCAGGCGUUCGUGCCAUCGUAUGCUCGGGGCCCGCCGAUUUUGGACAGCUCUGGCUCGGGCAUGCUACCACCCCCUAACCCCAUUCGAUCACCGAUAUCAACCUCGACGAAUGCGACCGAUCGAGAGGCGUACGCCAACUCCACGUCGUUCUUAGCUCGAACCACGCUGUCGCCAGGCUCCCACGCUGGCUACGGAUCCUAUCCAGACACACCGCGAAGCGUCUCCCUCACUGGUCUGUCACUGUCUAACCACCACCACAACGCCUACGCUCACCCUGCUGGUCACAUGGCGUCCCCAAGCUACAACGGUAGUCAACAGAGCGAAUGCGCUGCGAGCUUCCCCUGGCCGAACCUCGAGGUGCACUCUGACAUUACUUGCGAAGGCCAAUCAGUAACACCCGAAAUCCACGCGAACGUCGAAAAGGGCUUUUUCCUGUCCACAGUAGACCAGAAGUGGACGUGCUAUCGGCGCAACUACUUCUCCGUGCAAUGCAGCUUUGAGUUACAUCCGAACAUCAACAAUGGCCGCAUGUACCUCAAGAAGUCCAACAGCUCUACCUCGGAGCAGAUCCAGGCCAUGGGGAUGAGACUUUCUGCUGCAGUUGAUGGGUCGGCCGGCAAAGGCAUCGAACUCGUUCAACACACGCCAAAGCGCGACAACGGCCCCAAACUCAAGAUCGAAGUCACCAAGGUCUCACCAAUGUCUUCUGCGAGAGACCACACCACCAUGUCACCUACGGGCGUCUACGCUGUAGCUAUGCCUACCUUUCACGCCACUGGACAUGUUCCUGGUCCACUUCUACCAAUGCAGGCAGACACGUCCUCCGCUUCCAGUGUCGCAGCAUCACAAGCAGCCACAGGGUAUUCAUACGCCGGUGCAGCGACAGCACACUUGCCCAUGCCAGGCCAGAACACCUCCCACACCUUCGAGCGAGUGCAAUUCAAGCAAGCUACGGCGAACAACGGCAAGCGACGCGCAUCACAGCAGUACUUCCACCUGAUCGUCGAGUUGUACGCAGACAUCCGAAAGGACGCCAACGCAGACCCUGUCUGGGUGAAAGUGGCACAUCGAGUCAGUGAGAAGAUUGUCGUUCGUGGUCGAUCACCAAGCCAUUACCAGAAUGAAGGUCAGAACAACCCAGGGAGAACUGGCAGCUCUGGUGGGAGCAGCGGAUACAAUAUCACUGCUGGCGCUUCAUACGCUGGUAGUAUGACAAGCGGGUUCCGGGCAGCACCAUCUGGGUAUGGAGGGUCGCUUGGUGGAGGCACAUACCGCACGAAUGCUUCUGCCUACGGCUUCCACCCUUCACCAGAGCAUUCCGGCAGCAGUGCGUCCAGUGUCGAUGGCGGCGCAGUCGACUCCGACUAUCCUGGCGACGCUGUCAUGUCUGAUGCUGAGAGACAUGACAUCCAAGGUCAAGAUGGCUACCGAUACUAUCCUGGCCCGCUGUACGAAGGUGUACCGCAAGGCGGUCUACCACUCCCGAAGAUCGAAAGCGGCGCACGCUACUCCACUGAUCCAUCGUCUUGGGUGGUGAAGAACGAGUAUUCAGAGUCGGUCCAACCUGCCACCCAGUGGCCUUCCAGUGGCCUGAGCAGAUUCCAGGGUGUCGAUUCCAGCCGCGGAUACUUCCCUGACCUGGCGACCACAUACUCAUGA